GUGAUUAUAAAGUGUUGUUCGAUAUAAACAAAGAAAUCCAUUCCCUCUUUUGAAGUUGGCAUGUUGUAUAAUUUUAGGAACAAUGUCUCAUCAUUUUGCUCAUUCAGCACCAGAAAAAACAAAGAUAGUGACAGCUAUUGUUAUUGGAGCAGGAUGCAGGGGAAGUGGUUAUGCUAGUUAUGCUUUAUGUGAUCGGCACCCAUUCAAGGUGAUAGGUGUGGCAGAACCAAGGGAUGACUUUCGAAAUAAAUUUGUUGACAAAUACAAAAUUCCUACAGAAAAUAUAUUCAAAGACUGGAAAGAUGCAGCCCAGAAAGAGAAGAUUGCAGACUGUGUAAUAGUAUGUACUCAGGAUAAACUUCAUAAGGAUCCAGCAGUUGCAUUUGCUAAACUGAAGUACCAUAUUUUGUUGGAAAAACCAAUGGCACCAACAGAAGAAGAAUGCAGGGAAAUAGUCAAAACAUGUAAAAGUGAAGGUGUACUUUUACAAGUUUGUCAUGUACUUAGAUACAGUCCAUGGGCCAUGAAGAUUAAAGAAAUAAUAGACAGUGGUAGGAUAGGAGAUGUUGUUAAUAUACAACAUUUAGAACCUGUUGGUCACUGGCAUUUUGCUCAUUCGUUUGUCAGAGGAAAUUGGAGCAAUGAAAUGGAAAGUUCAAAUUCCUUGCUGCAGAAAUGUUGUCAUGACCUUGACCUAAUUAACUUUUGGAUGGGAAAGAAUACGUGUGAGAAAAUUUCAUCAUUUGGUAAUCUGAGUCAUUUCUCACAAGAACAUAAGCCAAAGGGAGCUGCAUCUAGGUGUUUAGAUUGUCCAUCAGCCAUAGAGCGUGUUUGUCCAUAUUCUGCUAAAAAAGUUUACCUUGAAAAAAUAGCUUAUGGACACAAAGGUUGGCCUUUGUCCAUUUUGCAUUCAUCUCCAGAUAUAGAAAAUAUAACAGAACAAUUGAAGACUGGACCUUAUGGGAAAUGUGUUUAUGACUGUGAUAAUGAUGUUAUGUCCAAUCAAGUGGUUAACAUGCAAUUUAAAAAUGGUGCUACGGCAAAUAUGACAAUGAUUGCAUUUACAGAAGCUACAUGUGACAGAAAAGUUACUGUUUUUGGAACUAAGGGAGAAUUACAAUGCCACGGAGCAGGGCACUCACUUGUUUUAUAUGAUUUUACUAGGGGAGAUCAUGAUAGAAUUGAUACAACAGCAAAAAUGAUGAAGGGUUUAUCAGGACAUGGUGGUGCUGAUUUUUACUGCAUGGACAGUUUUGUUGAAGCUGUUGUUCAAAAUGAUCCAGAAAAAAUCCGGACGGGACCAGAUGAGACUUUAUACAGCCAUAUGUUGGUGUUUGCUGCUGAAAAAGCUAGAAAAGAAAACAAAGUAGUAUCCAUGUCCCAAGAUGGAACAUUUACUUGAUGUCUCUAUGUUAUAACUUUUCAUUUAAAAAUACACAUCAAAUACACCAUAUAAUCAUAUCAAAUCAAUUGCCACAAUUGUGAUUUUCAUCAACUUGCAGUUAUGAACUUUAUUGAGUUUCACUCAUUUGUUUUAUUUUUGAAGAAGUGUAUGUACAUGUACAAUUUAUAUAUGAAUGAUAUGAUUUUUUUCAUACAAUCUGAAUCAUUUUACUUUAAAACUACUAAUUAAAACAAACAGCACUAGA